UAGUUUUCUGCCGGAAACCAGUUUCCGAGUAUGGUAGCUGGCAAAGGUAGUUAUGUUGUGUUGACAGUCUUUUGUGUUUUGGGUUGUAUGUUUUAUUUUUGUCGGUAUUAGUUUUUUUGUGAGUGGUUUUGAUUAAUGAUAGCAUGGCCGAAAAAUUUGAUAACCUCGAGGAGCAUCUGGAGAAAUUUGUGGAAAAUAUUCGGCAGUUGGGAAUCAUCGUUAGCGACUUUCAGCCAAGCAGCCAGACGGGACUCAACCAGAAAUUGAAUUUCAUGAUAACCGGAUUGCAGGAUAUUGACAAAUGUCGCCAGCAGCUGCAUGAUAUCAACGUGCCUCUGGAAGCCUUCGAAUACAUCGAUCAAGGUCGAAAUCCUCAGCUGUACACCAAGGAGUGUUUGGAAAGAGCCUUGGCAAAAAAUGAGCAAGUGAAAGGCAAAAUUGACACCAUGACGAAAUUUAAAAGUCUUCUGAUUUCUGAGCUGGCAAAGGUUUUCCCAGAGGAGAUGGCGAAGUACAAAGCGAUUCAUGGGGACGACCCCCCCACGUAGUGGCCAAAACACCCCCAAACCUCCAGUGUACAGCUGUGAAUGUACUUUAUUAUUUUUUAUAAAUCCAGAAUGCCAUGGUUUUGUUUUUUUGAUAAUUACAAUUUUUUUUAAAUGUCCUAAAAUAUUCUUAAUAAAUAAACUGAAUUGCAGUCA